AAGACGUUAGAUGAACUGUUUCCGGACUGUCCCGGAAGUAGUUAUUUAGCAACAGUUAGCUAAAGCUAGCCGUGUGAUUUGUGUUGUACGUUAAUUAAAGGACGCUAAAAACCAAAAUGUCAGGGCAAACGAUAACAGUGACAGUUGCAUACGGAUCUACUAAGCACAGCAUCACAUUAACUGGCCAGGAUGAUGAUAAGGGCCCCAUCGUCAAAGACCUUUCAGAUGCUCUCACCCAAGUUACUGGAGUUCCUCAAACUUCACAGAAGCUCAUCUUUAAAGGGAAAUCGCUGAAAGACGUGGAGGAGAGUCUGUCCAGCUAUGGAAUAAAAGAAGGCUGCAAACUCAUGCUGAUUGGAAAGCGGAACAGUCCUGAGGAAGAAUCUGAAUUGAAGAAGCUGAAAGACAUCGAGAAAUCUGUGGAACAGACGGCUAAAAAGCUGGAGAAAGUAGACGGGGAGUUGACAGGACUCAAGAAUGGCUUCCUGGCCAAAGACCUCCAGGCAGAGGCGUUGGGUAAACUAGACCACAGAGUGAAAAUAGCAGCUGAACAGUUCAUGAAGAUUCUGGAGCAGAUCGAUGCUAUGAAUAUUGCAGACAAUUUCAAUGACUGCAAAAUGAAGAAAAAGGGACUUGUAAAGACUGUGCAGGAUUUCCUGGCCCAGUGUGACAAAAUCGAAGCUUGUAUAUCAGACCACCUAUCAAAGAUCCAGUCGAAAAAUCUCGCCCUGGCGGAGUAGAGCUGCAAAGUCUCCCAUAUCAUGUGCUAUACAUUGCUCUGUGAGCAGCUGCAAAGUGUACAGAAAGCGUCACGUGUGGAUGCGAUCCUUGUCUAUUUAUUGUUGGGUUGAUGUGUAUGAGAGAGCCCUCAUCACAGAGAAUCCUGUGAUCAGGAAGAGGCUUGUUAUUGGCACUGAUGCUGGGAACAUCUGGGAUACGUUCUCUGGGUUAAAGAGAUAUGAAGUGCUCCUCAAGAUAUUGUAACCACAGUCACUCUGUUAAGGGUGGGACAAUAUGUAGAUCAGAGGUUUUCGAAGCGUGAGUCAGGGCGGCUCCAAACAGCUUAGCUCAGUGAAUGGAAGUGAAAAAAUAUUACAUUAGUUAAUAUAUUACUUUUCAAGAGAAGAUCACAUAGAAUAGCCUAAUUGUGUGUGAUUUGGUAAAACAAAUAUACAGGAGUUUUUGGGAAUUGUACUAUUCUUCCCACUUUCCUGGAGUCAGAAACUGAGAAAUGCCUUCAGACAGAACUCUUUUAGGUAUUUGGUGUAGUCUAAAGUUAUGUCAAAAAGCAAUAAAUAACAAUGAUCAUGAUCAGCAUCCAGGAAUUGGCCUAAACUAAGCAAGUAAACUAAGGGGGGGUGCCUUCUUCCAAGCUUUGUAUGAGGGGAUGCUGCCAGUCUCUUGCACUUUGAAAACCCCUGAUCUCUUUUUAAAGCAUCCAAAAAAUAACAGAACUGCCACAGCAAAAAUGUCAAAUUGUCCACGAUGAUGUCAGAAACUUCCCCAGUUUAUCAUCCGGUCUCUCACAAGCUGUUCAAUAACACAGAAAAACAUUUUUCUUGUCAUUGUGAUGUACCACCUGUGGAGUGUUGCAUGUGGCAGUUUGUACACACGUGGCCAAACGUUUGUGGACAUUAUCAAUAAUGUGCUCUUAGCUUCCACUCUUCUGGGAAGGUGGAACCUGACAGGGACUUUCUCUAAUUCAGCUGCUCGAUCAUCAGUGAGGUCAGACACCGAUGACGGGUUUUGGAUGAGGUCAUAGCUCUGUGCAGUCCAGUUCAUCAGCCUGAUCUGUACACCGGAGCUUUUUCCUGUUGCAACAAGACAUGGUGCAUCAGCUGUUCGCUAAUAUACCAGUAUAUAGUGAUGGGAACUAAACUAAAACCAUUUAUUGAUUGAAAGAAAAUCAACUAUUUUGAUUAUCAAUUAACGGUUUGUCACGUAAAAAUGCAAAACAUUCUCUAAUUCCAGCUUCUCACUUGUGAGGAUGUGAUUAGUAAACGAAACAUUUUGUGCAUUUAAUAGACCAAAUUAAAUGAAUCAAGAAAAUAGCUGUCAGUUUCUACCCUAGCCCACACUAUUAAAAAUAGACCAAGAAGUAAAUGCUGUCCACAAACCUUUGGCCGUAUGUUGUAUAUCUAUUAUUCUACAUUGAGUCGGCACCUUUUUGUUUAAUCCAUUGACUAUUCCUGUGUACUCUCGUACCUUUGAAAUGAGUGUGAACUGUGGAAUUGUUAUUGAUUUAAAAUCACCACCAAGGCUGACUCAUCUAUUUUCCUUUUGUUUUAAAUAAAACCUCUGAAAAAUGAAAAGUAUUGAUGUAAUAAAAAGAUUAAUCUCGGACCACAAUUAAAUAUUGAAACUUUAAUUUCCAACAAAAUACAAAUGAUUCAGUAAAACCAA